CCGCUAUUAAGCCAAGGCCGCGCUUCCGCCGCUGCAGCCGAUACGGGAGAUUGGAUCGGAAGCUUCUAGAAGUUUCCGUGGGCGAUGGCGAUCCGCGCGAGGUCCUCCUCCUACGCCGCCGCGGCGGUCGCGCUGGCGCUCGCGCUGGCGUCCGUCGCCGCUGUCGCCGGCGAGGUCUUCUUCCAGGAGAAGUUCGAAGAUGGAUGGGAAAGUCGGUGGGUCAAGUCAGAAUGGAAGAAGGAUGAGAACAUGGCUGGUGAAUGGAACCACACAUCUGGGAAGUGGAAUGGAGAUCCUGAGGACAAAGGUAUCCAAACCUCUGAGGACUACAGGUUCUACGCUAUUUCAGCGGAGUACCCAGAAUUCAGCAACAAGGAUAAAACCCUGGUGCUGCAGUUCUCUGUAAAGCAUGAGCAAAAGCUUGACUGUGGUGGUGGAUAUGUCAAGUUGCUUGGUGGUGAUGUUGACCAGAAGAAAUUUGGUGGGGACACACCGUACAGCAUUAUGUUUGGACCAGACAUCUGUGGGUACAGCACCAAGAAGGUCCAUACUAUCUUUACUAAGAAUGACAAGAACCAUUUGAUCAAGAAGGAUGUCCCCUGCGAGACUGAUCAGCUGUCCCAUGUGUACACUUUGAUCAUCCAUCCUGAUGCUACAUACACCAUACUUAUUGACAAUGUUGAGAAGCAAUCUGGCAGCAUCUACGAGCACUGGGAUAUUCUGCCUCCGAAGCAAAUCAAGGACCCAGAAGCUAAGAAGCCAGAGGACUGGGAUGACAAGGAGUACAUUCCUGACCCUGAGGACAAGAAGCCUGAGGGAUACGAUGAUAUUCCCAAGGAAAUCCCUGACCCUGAUGCUAAGAAGCCUGAGGACUGGGAUGAUGAGGAAGAUGGUGAGUGGACUGCACCAACCAUUCCUAACCCUGAGUACAAGGGACCAUGGAAGCAAAAGAAAAUCAAGAACCCUAACUACCAAGGCAAAUGGAAGGCACCGAUGAUCGACAACCCAGACUUCAAGGAUGAUCCAUACAUCUAUGCUUUUGACAGCCUGAAGUACAUUGGCAUUGAGUUGUGGCAGGUCAAAUCAGGUACUCUGUUUGACAACUUCCUUAUUACUGACGACCCUGAGUUGGCCAAGACAUUCGCAGAGGAGACAUGGGGCAAGCACAAGGAUGCUGAGAAGGCUGCUUUUGACGAGGCAGAGAAAAAGAAGGAAGAGGAGGAAGCUGCCAAGGCCGGUGAGGACGAUGAUGAUUUGGAUGACGAGGAUGCUGAGGAUGAGGACAAGGCCGAUGAGAAGGCUGACUCUGAUGCAGAGGAUGGCAAGGAUUCUGAUGAUGAGAAGCAUGUAUGUAACACUCCUGCGUUUUCUUGAUACCUUCUGGAUUCUGGUGAUGCAUUUCCUGUUAACCUCCAUGUGUCCUGAUCACCGUCCUUCCUUUCCAGGAUGAGCUCUAAGAUGGUGAGGAUGAAGAAUGGAGGCCGCCUUCGCGACGAUGCCAGGAUUUGCUAGUUCUCCCAUUGUUAUGAAGUUCCCUUUUUCGUGAUCAGAAACUUGACAAGAAAGUACUCUGUAGAUGAGCAUUGCUGAGGAACUUUAAUUUGGUCUUUGUAGCUCUCUCUGUAGUGUCAUUUUUCCCACCACAAGAAAAAGAACUGAUAACUUAUUGAACAAGAGAAAUCUUUUGCACAA